CCGACAAUCAGUUGCAAUUGCGGGGUAAGUGGUAACUAACACUGCUUGGGGCCAUGCGCACCGAUGACUCUUCUGAUUCCAGACACCGAGCUCAACAUCCAUUCCUCUGGGAUACGGCUUCCCGAAGCGAGCUCGAUGGUCGUCGGCCAUUCUAGCCAUCGAGACGACGUCCAGUCGGUGCCAAGCUAUUGUCGGGGUAUUGGUAGACUCGACUUCAACUUCCCUCUGGCAUUAUAUAUUGUGGUGGCAUACUCGGGCUUCAGCGUAUUAUUUCCCUGCUCGGUUUCUUCUGGGAACAGCUCUAGAGAAAUCGUCUAUAGGCUGUGCGCGAUGACCCUUUCUGCCGUCGCAACCUUACGCUCUCCAUGCAUGCGACACAACACAGCUCCCAAACCCAAAAUUCGUGUCAUCUCUGUUUCGUUUCACGCAUCUGUCGUCAAUCUUCUGUACUAAAUCGCCCGCGGCGGCAACCAUACAACUGUCGCAAAUAAACGC